CGAAAAAUAAAAAGGGAGCCUGUUGCUGCCUCCAUUUCCCACGUCGGCUGCAGCUCCAUCUCGGCCCCACGAUGCUGUCGUUGAUGUCCAUGCGCAUGGGGAUCCUGACCAGAAGAGGAGCUCUCAGCGCUGCUGCCAUUCAAACGGCACAUGGUCAUGGUGGACAUGUCUCUACCCAAGAGGACCUCUCCGUGCCCCUUUACUAUGACAAGCGCAGUUAUCCGCUGCCGGACGCCCCGUUUUGCAAAGAUCUGGACGUCACGCAGAAGGCCCUCAAGGAGAAGGAGAAAGGCUCCUGGGCGCAGCUGAGCAACGAGGAGAAAGUGGCCUUGUACCGGAUAAAGUUCCACCAGACCUACAGCGAAAUGAACAAGCCCAGCAACGAGUGGAAGACCGUCCUGGGAGCCAUCUUCUUUUUCUUUGGCGUCACCGGAUUAAUCGUUUGGUGGCAACGCAUGUUUGUGUUCCCUCCCAAGCCGCACACGCUGUCGGACGAGUGGAAGGCGAUGCAAGUACAGCGCAUGCUGGACAUGCACGUUAACCCCGUGCAGGGCUUCGCGGCCAAGUGGGACUACGAGAAGAAAGAGUGGAAGAAGUAGGACCCAGGAGGAGGAAGAGAAUCCACAGAAGGGCCACCUAGCAUCCUGGGUCCUCCUCUGUGCCUCUCCUGCUGCCAACUCACUCACCUGUCCACCUCCGAUUCCUCCCUCUGGAUCACCUUCCUGUGGUUCGGGCCUUUUCCGUCCAGUUUGCCUGACUCCUUUCCUUGGAUCCUAUCUUGAAGCCAUAUUUGAAGAAGUCAAGCCAGACAGGAGAGUGUCCAGACCUAAUCCCCUUCAUGUGGCCUUUGUUCAGUUGGCACCUCUUUAAAAUUGUCUUUUCUGCGCACAAUAAAAACACUACAUGGAACACCA